AUGAAUACCUCAAAAAACAGAGCUUUCUUCUUCCUCCUCAUCACCAUCUUCUCCAACUCCCAUUCCUUCAUAUCAAUCCAUGGCGGCAGCACAAGUUUCUGCCACAAAAUCGAAAAGCAAUCUCUUCUAACCAUGAAGCAAUCCUUAAAAAUUACCAACCACACCCUCUCCUCAUGGAACACCACCAACUCCAACUGCCGAGCAUGGAACGGCGUCGUUUGCAGCAAUCUAACCGUUCACGUUCAUCGCCUCCAUCUCCGUUCUCAAUCCUUACACGGCAAGCUAAAUCUCUCCACACUUCUUGAUCUCAAGCACCUCACUUAUCUUGAUCUCUGCCAAAACAGCUUCCAAGGAUCAAUCCCUUCAUCCAUAGCUUCACUCAAGAAUCUCGAGUAUCUGAAUCUCUCCAACGCCGGAUUCCACGGAAAGAUUCCUCCGACGAUAGGGAAUCUUUCGAGCCAACGCACUUUGGUUCUAGAAGGAUCUUUGUUGUUUCCUCUAAAAUAA